UUCACUCAAAUUAAACAAUAUGCUAUUUAGAUUAGUCAAAAUAUGCGACACGUCAAUCUACGAAAGAAUAAUUUUGUGCCUUAGCGAAUUUUGUGCUACUGCAUGUUUCGUAUUCGUGGGAUGUUUAGGAUGUACGAGUACCAGCGCUGAGCAAAUCUCUUUCACUUUCGGAUUAGCGAUCAUGAUAGUAGUACAAAUUUUCGGCCACAUUUCCGGAGCUCAUGUUAAUCCUGCUGUAACUGUGGCCGCAACAAUUUUUGGAAACAUCCCGAUAAUUAAUGUUCCUAUUUACUUUUUCGGUCAAAUUCUGGGCGCCAUAUCAGGAUAUGGAUUAGUCAAGGCGACCUUAGCAAAUUAUCCAAUGAAUUACGAAAGACUGUGUUCACCAACUGCUGAUAAAAACCUCUCUAUAUCACAAGUUUUUUUAACAGAAUUUCUCCUUACUCUCAUCCUGAUAUGGGUCUGUUGCGCUAUAUGGGACCAGGAAAAUGUGACAAACCAAGAUUCGUUACCUUUACGUUUGGGUUUUACAGUAACGGCACUUGCCAUGGCAGGGAGCCAAUUUAGCGGCGCUAAUAUAAAUCCGGCUCGAAGCUUUGGUCCAGCUUUGUUAAAUGGAACUUGGGAUCACCAUUGGGUUUAUUGGUUGGGUCCUAUUUUAGCUGCUUUCAUCGGUGCCCUAUUUUACAAAAUCAUUUUUGGAAAAAAGAUGAAAAGAUGUGAUACAUUUUCUAAAUCAUCGGUCACAACUAUAUACUGUCAGUCAGUUUGUGAGUUAUUUGUUGUGAACAUUCUUAUCUCUGGUAUAAUUAGAGAAAUGUCUAAUAGUGAAUCAGAUUUAGACAUUUUAAAAUUAGCAGCUAGCGCUACAGAAAAAAAUCUCCUACCUAACAAGUCAAAAGGUAAAUAUGAUACGGUGUACAAAAGUUUUAUGGAUUGGCAACUGGCACAAAAAACAUCGUCUUUUUCUGAAAAUGUUAUUCUUGUGUAUUUUGUUAAACUUGCUAAAAAAUACAAGUUAUCAUCAUUGUGGGCAUAUUAUUCUAUGCUGAAAAGUACAUUGAAUAUUUACCAUAGUAUCCACCUAGAGACUUAUAUGGAGUUAGAGGCAUUUUUAAAACGUCAGACCGAGGGCAAUCAACCGAAAAAAUCUAAAACUUUUACGCCCGAAGAAAUCAGUAAAUUUAUUAAAGAAGCGCCAAAUCAUACCUAUCUAAUGACAAAGCAAAAAAUAUCCAGAAAUAGUUGGCAAUUAGGGCAAAUCGUACAAUUAACAGACAAGAUGUCAACGAAAGAUAGGAUUGUUUUAUGUGCUGCCGAAAUUGGUGGUACAGCAAUUCUUUUAUUUUUAGGUUGUUUAGGAUGUGUUAAUUCUUUAGCAUCAGGAGGUUUUAUUCCACACGAGCAAAUUUCUUUCACAUUUGGUCUAGCAGUGAUGGUUGCAAUUCAGGUAUUUGGACACAUUUCGGGAGCGCACAUCAAUCCAAUUGUAACAGUUGCGGCAGCUACCUUAGGAGACUUACCAUUAAUUCAAGUACCAAUCUAUUUCGUAGGGCAAUUAAUAGGUUCCCUUUUAGGAUUUGGAUUGUUGUUGGUAGUAACACCCGAAGUUAACGUGGGAAACGUAUAUAAUAAUAUUACUGGAAUAAAGAUCGGUUCGGGAGUCUGUUCACCGGGACUUCAUCCAAACAUAACUACCGGACAAGGACUUUUCGUCGAAUUUCUUCUUAGCUUAAUUUUGGUUCUAUUCUGUUGCGGAAUAUGGGAUAGAAGAAAUAAAGAUAAACAUGAUUCCGUACCUAUCAAAUUCGGUCUUGCUGUAGCAGUUCUUGCCAUGGCUGGGGGUCCUUACACUGGAGCUAACAUGAAUCCAGCAAGAAGUUUCGCCCCUGCUCUAUUAAAUGGUGAUUGGAACAACCAUUGGAUCUACUGGAUCGGACCUCUAGCAGCUGGAUUCGUCGGAGGUUUACUUUACAGACUAAUUUUUAGAAAACCAGAUCCACCUUCCAAGGAAAUUGUACCGGAAGGGAUCGCAUUAAACGCGAAAAACAUGAAUUAGCAUUUAGAGGACAAAAAAAUUGUUAUUUUUUUAAAUACAACAUAUAAAUAAA